GAAAAAAUACCUUCCAAUAUCCUUAUUUAUUUCCUCUCAAUUUUAGAGGUUUUUCCGUCCUGGUUACACAUUUAAUGUAUUCAAAGUUUAUGUGCAGUCCUAAUUAUAUUCCUUCAUGGAAUAUAAUAGAAGCACAAAACAAGAUUUCGCGCCUUAAGCUUCAGGUGCGCUAACCAAGUGGCUAUGAAUUUAAAGUUGAACUAAAUCAUUGUCAGUUCAUUUCAAGCCGUCAACAUGAUAAGGUUAUUCUUCAUUUUGUUUUGCUGUCACAUUGCGCUGUGUCGUAAUUUCUUUGAAUAUGAUGAAGCCCCGCUGAACUGUAGGCCAGACGAAGAGGUCCAGUGCUUACAAUGCCCGGGAGAAAAAACUUGCAGACGACCUGGCGAUCCAGGGAUAGCAUGUCCAGCCUGGAUUAAUGCACCAUGUUACAGACAAUGUGCUUGCAAGGACGGCCGCUUGAGAAACCGGGACGGUUCGUGUAUUACUGAUGAAGAAUGUGAUAGCCUGAAGUGUCCAGGUGCACACGAGAACCUAGAAUGCCAUGGCAUCUGUGAUAACGCGUGCGAAACAAUACACAGACAGAAUAAGACAAACUGUCCGUCAACACCGUAUCGUUGUAUAAAACAAUGCUACUGCGAAGAUGGAUACGCGAGAGACGAACAAAAUAAUUGUAUUCCUAUUGAACAAUGCGGUACGUCUGCUUUUAUUAGUCCGCGGGAAGCAGUCAAGAUGUUCAGGCUACUCAUAGUUUUAUUUGCCGGUCACAUGGUGAUGUGCCGUCAGCUAAUGACAGACUCAGGACCAGAAAAAUGUAAACCCGAUGAAGUGUUCCAGUGCAUCCAGAAAUGCCCUGGAGAAAUUACCUGCAGAAAUCGUGACGUUGAAAAAGAAUGCCCAGAUGUCAUCGAGGGCUGUGUUCCUAAAUGUGUCUGCAAGGAAGGUCUCUUCAGAGCUGAUGAUGGCAGCUGUUAUGAUAAGGAGCAAUGCGACAAUACGCUUUGUCCUUCCGAAAACGAAUUCUACGAUUGUGGCUAUAAUUGUGACAACGUCUGCGGCUGGUCAGAACAAAACAGGACGAACUGCCCGAAUACGGAAAACACAAAAUGCAGACCAAGAUGUUACUGUAACGAUGGAUUUGCAAGAAACCUCUAUGGAACCUGUAUUCCUGUUGAAGAAUGUGAAGCGGAUCUGGAACAUCGUCGCAAUCGGGACCCGAACCUACCGCCUUGUUGCAAAAUAUCGUACGGAUUUCCACUCGACUUCGAAAAUAAUUAAAUGAUUUAUUGAUUUUCGAUUCAUAAUGAUUUUAUAAGUAUGAUUCACCCUGUUUGUUUGUGUGAAUAAAGAAAUUUAUAU